CGCCCGCCCGCCGGGCCCGCAGCCCGGGCUCCCGGCCGCAGGCGAGGCCCAGGCCGCGGCCGACAUGAACCACCAGCAGCAGCAGCAGCAGCAGAAAGCGGGCGAGCAGCAGCUGAGCGAGCCCGAGGACAUGGAGAUGGAAGCUGGAGAUACAGAUGACCCACCAAGAAUUACUCAAAACCCUGUUAUCAACGGGAAUGUAGCCAUGAGUGAUGGGCACAACAACACAGAGGAAGAUAUGGAGGAUGACACGAGUUGGCGCUCCGAGGCGACCUUUCAGUUCACUGUCGAGCGCUUCAGCAGACUGAGUGAGUCGGUCCUUAGCCCUCCGUGUUUUGUGCGAAAUCUGCCAUGGAAGAUUAUGGUGAUGCCACGCUUUUAUCCAGACAGACCACACCAAAAAAGCGUAGGAUUCUUUCUCCAGUGCAAUGCUGAAUCUGAUUCCACGUCGUGGUCUUGCCACGCGCAAGCUGUGCUGAAGAUAAUAAAUUACAGAGACGAUGAGAAGUCGUUCAGCCGCCGCAUUAGCCACUUGUUCUUCCACAAGGAGAACGACUGGGGGUUUUCCAAUUUCAUGGCCUGGAGCGAAGUGACUGAUCCUGAGAAAGGAUUUAUAGAUGAUGACAAAGUUACUUUUGAAGUCUUUGUACAGGCGGAUGCUCCCCAUGGAGUUGCGUGGGAUUCAAAGAAGCACACGGGCUAUGUCGGUUUAAAGAAUCAGGGAGCGACUUGUUACAUGAACAGCCUGCUGCAGACUUUAUUUUUCACAAAUCAACUACGAAAGGCUGUGUACAUGAUGCCAACAGAGGGUGAUGAUUCAUCCAAAAGCGUCCCCUUAGCGUUACAAAGAGUGUUCUACGAAUUACAGCACAGCGAUAAGCCUGUAGGAACAAAAAAGCUAACGAAGUCCUUCGGGUGGGAAACUUUAGAUAGCUUCAUGCAGCACGAUGUUCAAGAGCUGUGUCGAGUGUUGCUUGAUAAUGUGGAGAAUAAGAUGAAAGGCACGUGUGUGGAAGGCACCAUACCUAAAUUAUUCAGAGGCAAAAUGGUGUCCUAUAUCCAGUGUAAAGAAGUAGACUAUCGAUCUGAUAGAAGAGAAGAUUAUUACGAUAUCCAGCUAAGUAUAAAAGGAAAGAAAAAUAUAUUUGAAUCAUUUGUGGACUACGUGGCUGUGGAACAACUAGACGGUGACAAUAAAUACGACGCUGGGGAGCACGGCUUGCAGGAAGCAGAGAAAGGUGUGAAAUUCCUAACUUUGCCACCAGUGUUACAUCUACAGCUGAUGAGAUUUAUGUAUGACCCUCAGACGGACCAAAAUAUCAAGAUCAAUGAUAGGUUUGAAUUCCCAGAACAGUUACCACUCGAUGAAUUUUUGCAAAAAACAGAUCCUAAGGACCCUGCAAAUUAUAUUCUUCAUGCAGUCCUGGUUCACAGUGGAGAUAAUCAUGGUGGACAUUAUGUGGUUUAUCUGAACCCCAAAGGGGAUGGCAAAUGGUGUAAAUUUGACGACGACGUGGUGUCCAGGUGCACGAAGGAGGAGGCCAUCGAGCACAACUACGGGGGCCAUGAUGACGACCUGUCCGUGCGGCACUGCACCAACGCGUACAUGCUGGUCUACAUCAGGGAGUCCAAGCUCAGUGAGGUUUUACAAGCGGUCACCGACCACGACAUCCCUCAGCAGUUGGUAGAGCGACUCCAGGAGGAGAAAAGGAUCGAGGCCCAGAAGCGGAAGGAGCGGCAGGAAGCCCACCUCUACAUGCAAGUGCAGAUAGUUGCAGAGGACCAGUUUUGUGGCCACCAAGGAAAUGAUAUGUAUGAUGAAGAAAAAGUGAAAUACACUGUGUUCAAAGUAUUGAAAAACUCCUCUCUGGCUGAAUUUGUCCAGAACCUCUCUCAGACCAUGGGAUUUCCACAAGAUCAGAUUCGAUUAUGGCCCAUGCAGGCGAGGAGCAACGGAACCAAACGGCCAGCAAUGUUGGAUAACGAGGCGGACGGCAACAAGACGAUGAUUGAGCUGAGUGAUAAUGAAAACCCGUGGACGAUAUUCCUGGAAACCGUUGAUCCGGAGCUGGCUGCCAGUGGAGCCACGUUACCCAAGUUUGACAAAGAUCAUGAUGUCAUGCUAUUUUUGAAGAUGUAUGACCCCAAGACACGGAGCUUGAAUUACUGUGGGCACAUCUACACACCAAUAUCCUGUAAAAUACGUGACUUGCUCCCGGUUAUGUGUGACAGAGCAGGAUUUAUCCAAGAUACUAGUCUUAUCCUCUAUGAGGAAGUUAAACCGAAUUUAACAGAGAGAAUCCAGGAUUACGACGUGUCUCUUGAUAAAGCCCUUGAUGAACUAAUGGACGGUGACAUUAUAGUCUUCCAGAAGGAUGACCCUGAAAAUGAUAACAGUGAAUUACCCACUGCAAAAGAAUAUUUCCGAGACCUCUACCACCGUGUUGAUGUCAUUUUCUGUGAUAAAACAAUCCCUAAUGAUCCUGGAUUUGUGGUUACAUUAUCAAACCGAAUGAAUUAUUUUCAGGUUGCAAAGACAGUGGCCCAGAGGCUCAACACUGACCCCAUGUUGCUCCAGUUUUUCAAGUCUCAAGGUUAUAGGGACGGCCCAGGUAACCCUCUUAGACAUAAUUAUGAAGGGACUUUAAGAGAUCUCCUACAGUUCUUCAAGCCUAGACAACCUAAGAAACUUUACUAUCAGCAGCUUAAGAUGAAAAUCACAGACUUUGAAAACAGACGAAGUUUUAAGUGUAUUUGGUUAAACAGCCAGUUUAGGGAAGAGGAAAUCACACUAUAUCCCGAUAAGCAUGGGUGUGUCCGGGACCUGCUGGAAGAAUGUAAAAAGGCUGUUGAGCUUGGGGAGAAGGCGUCAGGGAAACUUAGGCUGCUAGAAAUCGUAAGCUACAAGAUUAUUGGUGUGCACCAAGAAGAUGAACUGUUAGAAUGCUUAUCUCCGGCAACGAGUAGAACAUUUCGAAUAGAGGAAAUACCUUUGGACCAGGUGGACAUAGACAAGGAGAAUGAGAUGCUCGUCACCGUGGCGCACUUCCACAAAGAGGUGUUCGGGACGUUCGGGAUUCCAUUUUUGCUGAGGAUACACCAGGGCGAGCAUUUCAGAGAAGUCAUGAAACGGAUUCAGAGUCUGCUAGACAUCCAGGAAAAGGAGUUUGAGAAGUUUAAAUUUGCCAUUGUGAUGAUGGGCCGACACCAGUACAUAAACGAGGAUGAGUAUGAAGUGAACUUGAAAGACUUUGAGCCCCAGCCUGGUAACAUGUCUCAUCCUCGGCCUUGGCUAGGGCUCGACCACUUCAACAAAGCCCCAAAGAGGAGUCGCUACACUUACCUGGAAAAGGCCAUUAAAAUCCAUAACUGACUUCCUUACCCAGUGUGUGCAAGGCGAGGGGCCGUGCGUGGGUGUGUGCCCCUUUUUAACAGCCUAGAACUUUGGUACACGUGCACUCUAUCCGAAGUCUUCAGCAAGGGGAUUUGCUGCUGAUGUUAAUUUUAUUUUGUUGAGGCUGUUCAGUUUGGCUUCUCUGUAUCUAUUGACUGCCCUUUUUGAGCAAAAUGAAGGUGUUUUUAUAAAGCU